AUGUGGGUGAACCCGGAGGAGGUGCUGCUGGCCAAUGCCUUGUGGAUCACGGAGCGGGCCAACCCUUACUUCAUCUUGCAGAAGAGGAAGGGGCACGGAGGCGAUGGAGGCAGCGGAGGGAUCACUGGACUUCUUGUAGGAACUCUUGAUGUUAUGUUAGAUUCAAGUGCAAGGGUAGCACCAUAUCGCAUUCUGUAUCAAGCACCAGAUUCUAUGAUAUACUGGACUAUUGCUUGUGGUUGCUCAAGAAAAGAAAUAACUGAGCAUUGGGAAUGGCUUGAACAGAAUUUACUACAAACUCUUUCUAUCUUUGAAAAUGAGAAUGAUAUAAACACUUUUGUCAGAGGAAAAAUACAGGGUAUCAUCGCAGAAUACAACAAAAUCAACGGUAUUCGGGAAGAUGAUGACACGGCCAAAUUUAAGGAAGCAACAGCGAAGUUCCAUAAAUUGUUUGGGAUGCCAGAGGAGGAGAAACUUGUGAAUUACUAUUCCUGCAGUUAUUGGAAAGGGAAAGUCCCGCGUCAGGGUUGGAUGUAUCUCAGCAUUAACCAUCUGUGUUUCUAUUCUUUUCUCAUGGGACGAGAAGCUAAACUUGUCAUCCGAUGGGUAGAUAUCACCCAGCUUGAGAAGAAUGCAACUCUGCUGUUACCUGAUGUGAUCAAAGUUAGCACAAGAUCCAGUCAGCAUUUCUUUUCUGUAUUUCUCAACAUCAGUGAAACAUUUAAACUAAUGGAGCAACUUGCUAACAUAGCUAUGAGGCAACUUUUGGACAAUGAAGGCUUUGAGCAAGACAAAUCACUCCCCAGACUUAAAAAGAAGUCUCCUAAAAAAGUAUCUGCCCUAAAACGGGAUCUUGAUGCCAGGGCAAAAAGUGAAAGGUACCGCGCUUUGUUUCGGCUUCCAAAGGAUGAAAAACUAGAUGGACAUACCGAUUGUACUCUGUGGACCCCAUUUAAUAAAAUGCACAUUUUAGGUCAGAUGUUUGUGUCUACAAAUUACAUUUGUUUCACUAGCAAAGAAGAAAAUCUAUGCAGUCUCAUCAUCCCACUUUGGGAGGUGACAAUUGUUGAAAAGGCAGAUAGCUCAAGUGUCUUACCUAGUCCAUUAUCUAUCAGCACUAAAAACCGAAUGACGUUCCUCUUUGCCAACUUGAAAGACAGAGACUUCCUAGUGCAGAGGAUUUCUGAUUUCCUCCAGAAAACUACUUCCAAAAUUUAUUCUGAAAGAGAGAUUUCUGGAAGUUACAACAGUUCAGAUGAUGAGGUUUAUUCAAGGGCAAGUAGUAUCCUUUCAUCCAGCCCUCAGAGAAACCUAAACUCUGAGGUGGAUGGAGACCAGCAAUUCAACCUGAAUGGAAAUAGUGUCCCAACUAUAACACAGGCACUAAUGACUAUGUAUCGUCGGCGUUCUCCCGAGGAAUUCAACCCUAAAUUAGCAAAAGAAUUUUUGAAAGAAGAAGCUUGGAAAAUGCAUUUUGCUGAAUAUGGCCAAGGUAUCUGUAUGUAUCGUACAGAGAAAACAAGAGACCUUGCAUUAAAAGGUAUUCCUGAAAACAUGAGAGGGGAACUAUGGUUACUCUUGUCAGGAGCAAUAAAUGAAAUGGUUACCCAUGCUGGCUAUUAUGAAGACUUGGUGGAGAAAUCUAUGGGGAAAUAUAAUCUUGCGACAGAAGAGAUUGAACGGGAUUUGCAUCGCUCUCUACCAGAGCAUCCGGCAUUCCAGAAUGAGAUGGGUAUUGCUGCUCUGCGGCGAGUCCUAACUGCAUAUGCAUUUAGAAAUCCAAAUAUAGGAUACUGCCAGGCCAUGAAUAUUGUUACAUCAGUCUUGCUAUUGUAUGCAAAGGAAGAGGAAGCAUUUUGGUUGCUGGUGGCUUUAUGUGAGCGUAUGCUGCCAGAUUACUACAACACAAGAGUUGUUGGUGCUCUGGUGGAUCAAGGUGUGUUUGAAGAAUUAGCUCGAGAUUAUAUCCCACAACUCUAUGACUGCAUGCAGGAUUUGGGAGUCAUCUCAACCAUCUCUCUUUCAUGGUUCCUCACACUCUUCCUCAGUGUAAUGCCUUUUGAAAGUGCUGUUGUGGUGGUAGAUUGUUUCUUCUAUGAGGGUAUAAAGGUGAUAUUCCAGUUAGCACUAGCUGUGCUAGAUGCAAAUGUAGAGAAGUUGCUGAACUGUAAAGAUGAUGGUGAAGCUAUGACUGUGUUGGGAAGAUAUUUAGACAGUGUGACCAAUAAGGACAGCACCUUGCCACCAAUUCCUCAUCUUCAUUCACUAUUGAGUGAUGACAUAGGGCCUUAUCCUGAAGUAGAUAUAUUUAGGCUCAUCAGAACUUCCUAUCAGAAAUUUGGCACCAUUAGAGCAGAUUUGAUUGAACAAAUGAGAUUCAAACAAAGGUUGAAGGUCAUUCAAACCCUAGAAGAUACUACCAAACGAAAUGUGGUACGAACCAUAGUAACUGAAACUUCAUUUACAAUAGAUGAGCUGGAAGAACUCUAUGCCCUUUUCAAGGCAGAACAUCUCACUAGCUGCUACUGGGGAGGCACCAGCAAUGCCACUGACCGUCAUGAUCCAAGCUUGCCUUAUUUGGAACAGUACCGCAUAGAUUUUGAGCAGUUCAAAGGGAUGUUUACUCUUCUCUUUCCUUGGGCAUGUGGAACUCAUUCUGAUGUUCUAGCUGCACGCUUGUUCAGAUUGCUGGAUGAAAAUGGCGAUUCCUUAAUUAACUUCCGAGAAUUUGUUUCUGGACUUAGUGCAGCAUGUCAUGGAGAUCUUACUGAGAAACUGAAACUACUUUAUAAAAUGCAUGUUUUGCCAGAUCCAUCUUCUGAUCCAGAAGAGCCAGAUUCAGCAUUUGAAGCAACUCAGUACUUCUUUGAAGACAUUACACCAGAGUGUACACAGGUUGUUGCUGUAGAAGGAAGGAACAAACAUGGAGUUGAAGAGGGAUUUGUUAAUGUGAGUUUGAAAACAGAAAAAGGAAAGAAGAAUUCUCAAGAAAAUAAAAAUUGCCUUAAAAUCUGGAGUCAAGAGAAUAAAUCCAAAGCCAGAAAUGCAAAGGACUUAACUAAACUAAACCAGGAGCAAUUUAUCGAACUAUGUAAGACCAUGUAUAAUAUGUUCAGUGAAGACCCCAAUGAACAGGAUCUUUAUCAUGCAACUGCAGCUGUGACAAGUUUGCUUCUAGAGAUUGGUGAAGUUGGUAAGCUAUUUAGUGUCCAAUCUAUUAACGACGCUGAGAAUAGCAGUAAGACCAUUCCGAAUGUGCUGAUUCAGAAGAAAGGGAGCCAGCAGUACCGCCUUGACCAACACGAUCAUUUUCAAAAUGGUUUUCUUGAUGAAGAGGAGAAUAUUUGUGGUGACAGUUCACAGAUGGAGGAUGUUAAACUGGAAGAUUCUUCUCCUAGGGAUAAUGGAGCUGGUUCUUCAAUGUUGAUUUCUGAUGAUGAUACUAAAGAUGACAGCUCCAUGUCUUCGUAUUCUGUCCUGAGUGCAGGUUCUCAUGAGGAGGAAAAGCUGCACUGUGAAGACAUCAGUGAAGAUACUGUUUUGGUACGAAGCAGCAACCCAGCUUCUCUGCCAAGAAGUAAUAGUAGUAUUGACAGAGACUGGGCUAUCACCUUUGAGCAGUUUUUGGCUUCCCUGUUGACUGAACCAGCACUUGUGCGGUACUUUGAUAAACCAGUGUGUAUGAUGGCAAGAAUUACUAAUGCUAAGAAUGUGCGGAUGAUGGGAAAACCCAUAAUAUCAGCAAGUGAUUAUGAAAUCUCUGCUAUGUCAGGCUAAA